UGCGAUCCUCCCUCCACCGGGGUUGCUUCAUGAAGCCAAGUGCGAUACCCUAGAAGGAGCAAUCAAACACAAGCAGGCGUGAGGCGACACCGCUUCUCCUGACAUCCACCAUUACUUGACCGACCUCUUCGAGAACACUUUCAUCCGCUUCUUCUCUGUUUCUUUUAGAGGGAUUUUUUAGCACCUUUUUAUCAAAGGAAAUCUUUGACAGCAAAGUUUUUGUUUGAUUUUUCUUUUCCAAAAAACAACGUCUUGUGAAGCUUUUUUUUUUUUUUCAUUUAAACAUGGCACUUCGACAAAACUCAGAAAGGGAGCCCAACAUUGAGUUGUUCAUUAAGGCUGGGCAUGAUGGUGAAAACAUUGGGAACUGUCCUUUCUGCCAGAGACUUUUCAUGGUGCUGUGGCUGAAAGGAGUCAAGUUUACAGUGACCACUGUUGAUAUGAGGAAGAAGCCAGCUGAGCUCAAAGACCUGGCCCCGGGUACAAACCCCCCUUUCCUUCUCUACAACGGCACCCUUAAAACAGACUUCAUCAAAAUUGAGGAGUUCCUUGAACAAACACUGGCCCCUCCAAGGUAUCCCCAUCUCAGCCCGGUGAACAAGGAGUCCUUUGACGUGGGUUCUGACAUUUUCGCAAAGUUCUCAGCUUUCAUCAAGAACAGCCCAAACAAUGCCACACAGGAAAAGAUUCUCCUGCGGGAGUUUCGGCGUUUGGAUGAAUACUUAAACAGCCCACUCCCUGAAGAAAUCGAUCACAACUCUGCAGAAAACAUCACUGAGUCCGAGAGGAAGUUUCUGGAUGGUGAUCGUCUCACCUUGGCGGACUGCAACCUGUUGCCCAAGCUGCACGUCAUCAGGGUCGCUGCCAAGAAGUACUGCGAUUUUGAAAUCCCAGCCGAGUUCAAAGGUGUCUGGAGGUACCUUCAAAACGCCUACGAACGGGAGGAGUUCAAACAAACGUGUCCGGCCGACAUCGAGAUAGAGAAGGCCUACUUGGGCGUUGCCAAGAGGAAAUAAAAAUUCACAUCUAAUAACGUUACGUUGGCCUGUUCUCACCAGAUGUAACCUGGAUGGUAAUCUGUGGAGGCUGCUGUUGUCCCUAGAAUGAGCUCUCCUGAUGAACCAGAUACAUUCAGAGCCCCUCAGCUGAUUGCACUGCUUUCACAAGUUUAUCUUUAGUUACUCACUGAUGGAAAAUGGCCCAGAGUGCAAUUAAUCGUUGGUUGAUAUUUCGUAGAGUUAUUGUUUAUAGUGUAAAUAUAAAAACUUUUAAUGCUUUUUAAGAAUAAAUCAAAGGAAAGAUAUAUACAUGUAUAUGACAGUUAAUUUUUGUGCAAAAAUAUGUAACACACUCCUCCGAUCUGAAUAACUCUAACAAACACACUAUUAAAUAAAUGUACUUGUUUCCCUUCGGUGUGGCUCAGCAAGCAAGUAAAUCCAGAUCAAUACCCUUGGACGCCGUUUCACAUGUUCUAGUUUAUUUUCAGUCACAGGAGAAAAAAAAAAACUGAGAGAAAUUUUACAGAUUUAAAAAUAUAUCCUCUUUUUUCAUAUAGGGUACAGACAACAUGUGCAUGUCGUUUGAUGGUAAAGAAAAGAAUAAUGAUGAAGAGUGGAAUAGAUUUCCCAGAGCCGGGGAAACCCGCCUGCUGGGCUCUAGUUGGUCACACAGUAUUUCCAGAAACACGCUGCAAAUGCAAAAAAACAAAUCAGGUUAAACACAGGAAGAAGAGAAAACUAUAAACCUGUUGG